UUUCAUUCCCAUUGACUUGUUGCAGAAUUAAAAGCGAGAUAUUAAGAGAGCGCGCGGAGAUUAGAAGAAAAAGCAUAAGCUUGGAUAUUGAACGGAGCGGGGCAUGUGGAUAUUGGCUCUUUCCUUUUUCCAGUGCAUCUUGAAUGUUUUCUGUGAAGAUCUACGUUCCAGCUUAUAUUUUGUCAAUGCAUCUGUGCAAGAGGUAGUGUUUGCCAGCACCACAGGGACAUCAGUGCCCUGUCCUGCCACAGGCGUGCCCCCUGUCUCACUGCGCUGGUACCUGGCCACCGGCGAGGAGAUCUACGACGUGCCAGGGAUCCGCCAUGUGCACCCGAAUGGCACCCUUCAGAUCUUCCACAUUCCCCCUUCCAGCUUUAGCAAACUCAUCCACGACAACACCUACUAUUGCACAGCGGAGAACCCCUCAGGGAGAAUCAGGAGCCAAGAUGUCCACAUUAAGGCGGUCCUACGGGAGCCCUACACUGUCCGGGUGGAGGACCAGAAAGCCAUGAGAGGCAAUGUGGCGGUCUUCAAGUGCAUUAUCCCUGCCUCAGUGGAGGCCUACAUCACUGUUGUGUCCUGGGAGAAAGACACAAUGUCAAUCAACGCUGAGAUGUCACGGUUUCUCAUCACAUCAACGGGAGCCCUAUAUAUCCUGGAUGUCCAAAUGGAAGACGGGCUUUACAACUACAGGUGUAUGACACGCCAUCGGUACACUGGAGAGACCCGACAGAGCAAUAGUGCCCGCCUGAUCGUCUCAGAUCCCACCAACUCUGCACCCCAUAUCCUGGACAGCUUUGAGCGUCGUGAGGUGAUGGCAUCUCAUCGGGUGGAGCUGCCCUGCAAGUCCUCUGGUCAUCCUGCACCCAAGUAUCGCUGGUUAAAGGACAACCGGCCGCUGGAGCCUGACUCACGUUUCAGACAGAGCGUCACGGGCCUGCUGAUAGAAAGAAGUCAACCCAGCGACACGGGGACAUAUGUGUGCGAGGUGUGGAACAGCUACGGCAAUGCCGAGGUGGUUGGCAGGCUGCUGGUGAAAGAGCCUCUAAAGAUCACGGUGAGCCCACGGAAGGUAAAGGGCAGCGUGGGCAGCCAAGUGUCACUAUCCUGCAGUGUGACUGGCUCCGAGGAGUACCAACUGUCCUGGUACCGUAACGGAGAGCUGAUCUACCCCACUAACAGCGUCCGGAUCAUGGGCCAAAACAGGGAGAAUCUGGUAAUGGCUGGUAUGGCCAAAAGUGACGGAGGAGCUUAUCAGUGCUUCGCCAGACACGGCAGGAUGUCUGCCCAAGACUUUGUUCAAGUCAUACUGGAAGAUGGCACGCCUAAGAUCCUGGUGUCAUUCAGCGAGAAGGUCUACAACGUCAACGAGUUUGUGUUGCUGUCAUGCACAGUGAAGGGCACGCCGGAGCCGCGGGUAACAUGGACUCUGGACGAUGAGCCAGUAAUACGAGACAGCCGUCACCGCAUCUCCUACUACACCAACGCAGAAGGCCAUGUGAUCAGCUUCCUUAACAUCAGCCAGACCCAGGUCCCCGAUGGAGGGGUGUACCGCUGCAUCUGCAACAAUUCAGCCGGGACAGUUUCCUACCAGGCGCGAAUAAACGUAAGAGGGCCUGCCAGCAUAAGACCAAUGAAAAACCUCACUGCCAUCGCUGGGCGGGAUAUGUACAUACACUGCCGUGUCAUUGGAUACCCGUACUACUCCAUCAAGUGGUACAAGGACUCCAAUUUGCUGCCAUACAACCACCGCCAACGGGCCUUUGAGAACAACGGCACCUUGAAGCUGUUUGAUGUGCAAAAAGACGUGGAUGAAGGGGAAUACACAUGUAACGUGUUGGUGCAACCUCAGCUGUCCACACACCAGAGUGUCUAUGUCACUGUGAAAGUCCCACCUACCAUCCAUCCAUUUGAGUUCCCCCGGUUUUCCAUUGGUCAGCGGGUCUUCAUCCCCUGUGUGGUGAUGUCCGGUGACCAACCUGUCUUCAUCACCUGGCAGAAAGACGGCCGGCCAAUCCCAGCCAGCUUGGGUGUCACCAUAGAUAACAUCGACUUUACCAGCUCCCUGCGCAUCUCAAAUCUGACACUGAUGCACAAUGGCAAUUACACCUGUAUCGCUCGUAACCAGGCUGCUGAUGUGGAGCACCAGAGCCAGCUCAUCGUCCGAGUUCCUCCCAAAUUUGUGGUGCAACCGAAGGACCAGGAUGGCAUUUAUGGGAAGGCCGUCAUACUCAACUGCUCAGCACAAGGUUAUCCUGUUCCAACCAUUCAGUGGGAGUACUCUAAAGGUGCUGGUGUCCCACAGUUUAAACCCAUUGCCCUCAACUCAGGCUUUCGUAUCGAGGUACUAGUCAAUGGCUCACUGCUCAUCAAACAUGUUUUGGAGGAAGACAGCGGAUUCUACCUGUGUCGGGUCAGCAAUGACGUUGGAGCGGAUGUCAGCAAGUCCAUGUAUCUCAACGUCAAAAUUCCUGCCAUGAUCACGUCAUACCCCAACACCACUUUGGCCACACAGGGUGAAGAGAAGAAGAUGAGCUGCACUGCCCAUGGGGAGAAGCCCAUCAUGGUACGCUGGGAGAAGGAGGAACGUAUCAUCAAUCCCGAGACCAGCCGUUACGUGGUUUCUGUGAAGGAGGUGGGCGACGAAGUCAUCUCCACCUUGCAGAUCAUGCCCACAGUGAGAGAGGACUCCGGCUUCUUCUCCUGCCAUGCAAUCAACUCUUUUGGUGAAGACAGAGGAAUUAUUCAGCUCACAGUACAAGAACCCCCAGAUCCCCCAGAGGUGGAGAUCAGAGAAGUGAAGGAUCGGACUAUCGCCUUGCGUUGGACUAUGGGCUUUGACGGCAACAGCCCCAUAACAGGUUUUGAUAUUGAGAGCAAGAACAAAUCAGCCUCCUGGGACACGGCUCAGAAGACCAAAGAUGUUUCACCUCAACUCAACCAGGCCACCAUCAUUGACUUGCACCCGUCCUCCACAUACAAUAUCCGCAUGUUCGCCAAGAAUCUGAUCGGCAAGAGUGAGGCCAGUAAUGAGCUCACCAUCACCACAGAUGAAGCAGCUCCUGAUGGACCACCUCAGGAUGUGCAGCUAGAAGCCCUGUCCUCUCAGAGCAUCCGAGUCACCUGGAGGGCACCCAAGAAACACCUCCAAAAUGGAGCCAUCAAAGGGUAUCAGGUGGGCUACAGGGAGUACAGCUCUGGUGGAAACUACCAGUUCAGUGUGAUCAGUGUGGAGACCACCGGAGACAACGCAGAGAGCUUAGUGCUGGACAACCUGAAGAAAUUUACUCAGUACGGGGUGGUGGUGCAGGCCAGUAACAGUGCUGGGACUGGACCCUCAUCUACAGAGGUUGCUGCUACCACACUGGAGGAUGUUCCCAGUCGCCCUCCAGAGAAUGUCCAGGCCACUGCCACGUCUCCAGAGGUCAUCUCCCUGUCCUGGUUGACUCCACCCAAAGACGCCCUGAAUGGUAACCUUCUUGGCUUCAGGGUCAUCUACUGGGCCAACCUGCCUGAUGGAGAACUCGGUGACAUCAGGAAUGUGACGACCUCGAAGCCCUCUCUGGAGCUGGAUGGACUGGAGAAGUACACCAACUACAGCAUCCAGGUGUUGGCCUUCACUCGAGCGGGUGAUGGCGUUCGCAGUGAACAAAUUUAUACCCGCACCAAGGAGGAUGUUCCUGGUCCUCCAGCGGGUGUGAAGGCAGCUGCUGCAUCAAACUCAGUGGUGUUUGUGUCCUGGCUUCCUCCACUCAAAGUGAACGGCAUCAUCAGGAAAUAUACUGUAUUUUGCUCCAACCCACACCCUACGGUGAGCAGCGAGUUCGAGGCGGCCCCUGAUGUCUUCUUUUACCGCAUCCCCAACCUGAGCAGGAACCGGCAGUACAGCAUCUGGGUGGUGGCGGUGACAGCAGCAGGGCGCGGGAACGCCAGUGACAUCAUCACCAUCAAACCCAUGGCUGAUGCUCCAGCUCGGAUUCUGACCUUCAAUGGAACCGUAACGACUCCCUGGAUGAGGGACAUUGUCCUGCCUUGUAAAGCUGUAGGUGAUCCACCUCCAACCAUCAAGUGGCUGAAGGAGACAAAUGGAACUCCAGGACCUGUUGUGAUAGACAGCCGACGCAGUGUUCAUGGCAAUGGCAGCCUUGUUAUUCGCACAAUAAAAGCAGAGGAUUCUGGGAACUACACGUGUGUGGCCAGUAACAAUUUUGGGUCAGAUAAGAUUGUCCUCAACCUGCAAGUGCAAGUCCCACCAGACCAGCCUCGCCUUACAGUGACCAAGACGACCACCACAUCCAUAACCCUGUCCUGGAUCCCAGGAGACAAUGGGGGCAGCUCCAUCAGAGGCUACAUCCUGCAGUACUCAGAGGACAACAGCGAGCAGUGGGGUAACUUUGCCAUCAGUCCCAGCGAGCGCUCCUAUCGGCUGGAGAACCUCAAGUGUGGAACCUGGUACAAGUUUACCCUCACAGCCCAGAAUGCAGUGGGGCCUGGACGCAUCAGUGAGAUUAUUGAGGCAAAGACGCAUGGGAAAGAACCUCAGUACUCCAAAGAACAGGAGCUUUUCACCAGCAUCAACACCACCCGCAUUAAACUCAACCUGAAUGGCUGGAAUAAUGGUGGAUGUCCAAUCACAUCCUUCACUCUGGAGUAUCGACCUGUCGACUCACCCACAUGGACCACAGCCCAGCGCACAUCCCUCACCAAGACCUACACCCUGUACGACCUGAAGGAGGCCACCUGGUACGAGCUGCAGAUGAAAGUCUACAACAGCGCUGGCUAUGCCGAGAAGAGGGUCAAGUUUGCGACACUCAGUUACGAUGGCAGUACCAUCGCCCCAAUGGUGAAGGCGCCUAACGUGAGUGAGGACAACUCAGGCAGCGGUAAAGGCUUGAAGAUGAUGGUGACCAUUUCCUGUGUCUUUGUUUGUAUCGUUGUGAUCUCCAUCGGGCUGCUGAUGCUGAGGAGGAGACGGAGAGAACAAAGGCUCAAGAGGCUCCGAGAUGCAAAAAGUUUGGCUGAGAUGCUUAUGAGUAAAAACACACGUCCAGCAGAGCCAGUCAACAAACAGCAGCAGACUCUACGAAUGCACAUCGACAUCCCCAGAGCACAGCUUCUGAUUGAGGAAAGAGACACCAUGGAGACAGUUGAUGACAGGUCCACUGUGUUACUGACUGAUAACGACUUUGGAGAGACUCAAAAACAGAAAUCGUCCACAGUCACCCACACGGUCCACUACCAGUCCCUGUCCCAGGCCACUGGUCCACUGGUAGAUGUGUCUGAUGCCAGACCAGGAACCAGUAAGUCCAAUCCGACAGCCCGCCGCACAGCCAAAGCUGGCCCGGCAGCUCGGAAUCGUUACGCCAGCCAGUGGACUCUCAACCGCCCGCAUCCUCCUGUUUCCUCCCACACUCUCAGCACUGACUGGAGGCUGCCCACACCCAGAGUUGCAGGUUCUGUGGACAAGGAGAGUGACAGCUACAGUGUCAGCCCUUCUCAGGACACAGACCGCGCGCGGAGCAGCAUGGUGUCGACAGAGAGCGCAUCUUCCACUUAUGAAGAGCUCGCCAGAGCCUAUGAGCACGCCAAGAUGGAGGAGCAGCUGCGCCAUGCCAAGUUCACCAUCACCGAGUGCUUCAUCUCGGACACGUCGUCAGAACAGAUGACAGCAGGCACCAACGACUACACCGACAGCCUGACUUCCAGCACGCCAUCCGAAUCAGGCAUCUGCCGCUUCACCGCUUCCCCACCCAAGCCUCAGGACGUCAGCCGAGUCAUGAACAUGGCCGUGCCGAAGGCCCACAGACCGGGUGGCGAGUUGGUUCACCUUCCUCCUUACCUGCGUAUGGACUUCCUACUAAACCGCGGUAUGUCGUGCUCGGGCUCAUCCAGAGGGCCAGCGAGCAGCGAGAGAGCAGCCAUGGGCCAAGCCUGUCUGGAGCCACAGAAGAGUCGCUCACUGAAGCGGCCCUCUCGCAUGGCGCCCCCUACGCCUACGGAAGCCCCUCAGGCCUGCAGGGACCAAGCGGCUCAGUGGCAGCCUGGCUCGGCGGCCACACUCCCGCACAGAGAGGGCGCAGAGCUGGCCCAGGCCGCCAAGCUCAGCACCUCCCAGGAGUCUCUGCUGGACUCACGAGGACAUCUCAAACAGAGCAGCAACCCGUACGCAAAGUCCUACACGCUGGUAUAACAGCAGGUGCCCCUGGGGCGAGACUAGAACUCACUCUAACACUGGACUCAACACUCAAGUGCAGUAAACUGACUUUCACCACGCAGUUCUGUAUAUAUGGUCCUCCCUGCAAGGGCGGGGUCACUUUUACUAAUCUCCUUUUAUUUAUUUUAGAACUUUUCUUUAUCUCUUCUUUGUAUUUCUUUUUUUUUUUUCACAUGAGAAAAAUUCACUCAUCAGAUGCGACUCCAGCCGGAGCUUUGCUAAACUAACUGAGUAGCGAAAGGAGCAUUAUUUAUUCUUAUUGUUAAUUCUUUAUACAUAAUCAGUGAUUCUUAACUGUUAGUUGUCAUAUAUUAAUGAUCAUUAAUUAUUGAUUACCAAAUGAUCUUUUCAUAAAAAUGAGAUAGAAAAAAAACAAGAACUUUUUUUUCUGGACAGGAAGAUGACAUUUUGGAGUCUUUUUUCCCUUCUUUUCCUAUGGAAUAUCAUUCUGAAACACUGAAUGAAACUUGGAAGAAAUCUUGGAAUGAAAGCAAUUAAUGCCAGUCCAAACUUUUCAGCUGCUCUCAAAUUGUUACUUUUUUGAAGAAAAAAAUCUAUUUCCUAUGGAUGCAUGGGGACUGACCAAUUAAAAGACAAUGAGGAUUAGCAUCACGGCUGGACGAGCCCAGUCCAGCAUUUUGUCACUCUAUGAAAUGAUCCAAUGUGAAGAUUUAUUAUUCUUAUUACUAUAAAUAUAUAUAUAAAAAGAGAAAUCACUUUUAUUUGUGGAUAUUACAGGGAAGAAUUUGGUUAAUAAAGUCCUUAGUCAUGUUUGCACAUAUCUUGUUUUAAUUAGGAAAUUGAGUCUUUUUAUCUUUCUCUGUGUCCCAUUCUCCGAUGGUGCAAUAUGAAAAAAGAUAUAUGAAAACUAUUCCUCUAUGCUGUACUGUAAUGAUGAGAAAUAACUAUGUUGUGAAUAUAUUACAGGGCCGGAUGCGCUCCAGCUGUGUAUUCAGGUGUAGUUUACCACUACGUGUUAGCCAUGAUGGUAAAUGAUGUUAGAGCAGGGAGGGAUAACGGACCAUACCGUCCAUACUUACUGUGGGGGGG